AUGGUGGUUGAUACGGCAUACUACGAGAUAUUGGGUAUUUCGGUCGACGCCGACGCGAGCGAAAUCAAGCGUGCGUACCGCAAGCAGGCAAUCAAGCACCACCCGGACAAGAAUCCUGGUGAUGAGACAGCAAAGGUCCGGUUCCAGGAGAUUAGUGAAGCAUACCAGGUUCUCAGUGACCCGGAGCUGCGAAAGCGCUACGACACUCUGGGUAAAGACAAGGCCGUGCCCGAGCAGGGCUUUGAGGACCCGCUAGAGGCCAUGACCAACAUCUUCGGCGGUGAGGCGUUCCAACCAUGGAUCGGCGAACUGGGCUUGUUGCGGGAUAUGCAGCAAAUGGGUGCGAUGAUGGAGGAAGAGCAGGCCAUGGACCCGAAUUCCCCUGGCUACACCCCGACGCCGCCCGGCGGGCCCACCAGUCCCGGUCGCACAGCUAGCCCCAAUGGCCCUGGUCCGUCGCCGUCGAUGGGCCGCCCGCAUGGGGGCUUUUUGCACCACCACCGCCACGACUCUUUUGAGGCCGCCAGAGAAGAGCGGCAGGCCCGUAUUUCCGCGCGUCAGCGCCAGCGCGAGGUCCAGAGCCGACUGUCCAAAGAAAGUGCUGCAGCCCGUCAGCAACGGGUGAUGCAGCUUGCUGGACUGCUUUGCGACAAACUGUCCUUCUGGACCGAGUCCGAUAUGGGGCCCGAUGUCUCGCGAUUUUUCAUGGACAGAAUCAAGGCUGAAGCCGAUGAGCUGAAAAUGGAGUCGUUUGGCCUCGAGCUGUUGCACACAAUCGGCUCGAUCUAUAUUUCUAAGGGCUCGACAAUGCUCAAAAGCCAGAAACUGUUGGGCUUUGGCGGCUUCUUUUCCAAGUUCAAGGAAAAGGGCAGCAUGAUCAAGGACGGCUGGAACACGGUCAGCACCGCUCUGGACGCCCAGUCGGCUAUCCAGGACAUGCAAAAGCUCGAAGAAGAGGGUGCUCAGCUAAGCGAGGACCAUAGAGCACAAAUGGAGCAAACCAUGCUUGGCAAAGUCCUUGCUGCCGUUUGGAUGGGCUCCCGGUUCGAGGUGCAGAGCGUGCUGCGGGAGGUGUGCGACGUUGUGCUCAACGAUCGCAGAGUGCCCCUGUACAAGCGCCUGGAUCGUGCUAGAGGACUGGUAAUGAUUGGCCGAGUGUUCAAGGAAAGCAAGCGUACUGCUGAAGAAAGCGAGCAGGUGCAGCUGUUUGAAGAGAUCGUCGCCAACGCCAUGGUCACCAAGAAGAACCGCCGGUCCAAGUACGCUUCUCACCUGCAAACACACGAAGACACUAUUCACGCUCAGGCCCAGUCCAAUGCUAAUUCCAGAUAA